AUGUCACUGAAGGAAUUUCCAUGUUUGCCAUAUCCUAAAUUUACUGAAGCACAUAAUUUUGAAAAUAGAUUCGUUGCAGAUGAGUUGAAUUACAAUAAAGAUGAAAUGCUUAAGAUUCAUGAAGAAUUGGUUUGUUGCCUUACUUCAGAGCAAAAGGGAGUUUAUAAAAAUGUUUUGAAUGCUGUAUUAUCUGAUAAUGGGGGAUUCUUUUUUCUAUAUGGUUUUGGAGGAACUGGGAAAACAUAUGUUUGGAAAACCUUAUCUGCUGCUUUGCGUUCAAGGGGCCUGAUUGUGUUAAAUGUCGCAUCCAACGGAAUUGCAUCGCUGUUGUUAUCCGGAGGUAGAACUGCUCAUUCCAGGUUCUCUAUUCCUAUUUCAAUAAAUGAGAUAUCAACAUGUAAUCUCGGUCAAGGUUCCCCAAAAGCUGAAUUAUUGAAAAAAGCAAGCCUAAUUUUUUGGGAUGAGGCACCUAUGUUGAACAAACAUUGCUUUGAAGCUUUGGACAGAUCUCUAAAUGACAUUAUGAAGACUAGAUCUACUUAUGGUCAUGACAUUCCAUUCGGAGGGAAAGUUGUGGUACUAGGAGGCGACCUUAGACAAAUACGCUCAGUUAUUUCCAAAGGAAGCCGUUCGGAGAUUGUGGGUUCUGCUAUCAAUUCUUCAUAUCUAUGGAAGCAUUCCAAGGUAAUGAAGUUGACUGUUAAUAUGAGAUUGCAGAAUGCUAACUCAUCUUCUUCAGCAGCAGAAAUUAAAGAGUUUUCUGAUUGGUUGCUUCAAGUGGGAGACGGAACAAUUACAACCAUUGAUGAAGCCGAAUCACUCAUUGAGAUUCAUCCAGAUCUUCUUAUUGAAUCGUGUUAUGUUGUUCAAAUAUUGAAUUGCCGUUUGCUGUUUUCUGCGAUUGCUGUUGCUGUUGCAGAUUUCUGCUUUGUUGUUGCUGAAGCUGCUGUUGCUAAUCCUUUGGUCCGGUUUGCUGUUUUGCUGUCUGUUGGUUGCUGUUUGGGUUUGCGGGAUGCUGUUUUGCUGAUUGUUGUUGCUGCUGUUUCGUCUGAUUGCUGUUUCUAUUAG